AUGUUACGCCGGCCAUACUACCCUUCAGGCUCCAGCCUGCGGCUUUGCCGGGCUUGCGCGCUGGCCUCGGGGCUGCAAUGGGUGCCACCCGCGCAUCGGGCUCUCGCGGCCCUUCAACCCGGAGCACGCCCAGCUGAGGUACCCCGGUCAGGGUCAGGCUCCAUCUUGCCCUUUGGCAGUCGUCGCUCUUUCACGACCUCGCAGUCACGCGCAAGGGUCAAGCAAUCCCAAACUUCCGCGGCGUCCGAAGCUUCGCAAAGCAGGUUCGGCAGGACAACGAGCGCGCCCACCUACCAACCGCCCGGCCCGGACUCGGCUGCGGUGCUCGCUGCCGUCGACCGCGUCCUCAAGGCCUUCUUGGGGCCCGUUGGCAUUCCGUCCGAGAGGGCAACCCUCACUGCUCUGCGGGCGAUCGCUCAGAUCGACGUGAGGCCGCUUCCGGAUGCCGCGGAGCGUCGGUCUGACGUUGCUGCCGCCGAGACUAUCCGCAGACCCGCCUCGCAACUCCUGGGACUGGACGGCGCCGCGCCCAGAAGCGGGGACGCCCCACGACCCAAGAGAAGCCCUUCCCAGCAGCGGCUGAAUGCCGUGAUCGACAAGGUCUCGGAUGCGGCAUACACCAUUGUCACCCAACCCACCGUGGUCAUUACUCGGCAGAUACUCGAAGAGUACGUCCGGCUGCAAGCCCGUCUUGGCAAGCCGCAGACGUUGCCGCAGAUCCUCGCUCUCUACGCGAACAAGCCCCGGCCCGAGAUGGCCGCGGGUUCCAUCCGAUACGUCGAGCGCAACCCUUCCAAGAUCGACAGCGCAGUCGAUCCUGCGGUGGCCGGCGCGGCCCUGGACGCCGCGAUCGAGGCCAAGGAUCUGGAGGCCGCGAUCGGCAUCGUGGAGAACACGUACGCCGCGAAGGCGUUUCUGCGGGCCAAGCUACUCCGAAAAGCACUGCUCCCCGGCUUCGCCGUCGCCGCGACGCCCGUGGCCCUCUACUACGCCGCCACGCAGCUCGCGCAGGUGCAGUACGCGCUCGAGCCCAAGAUAGCCACCGGCAUGGCGCUCGUGGGUGCGCUGUCCUACGUGGGCUUCACGGCCAGCAUCGGCCUCGUGGCCCAUUUCACCGCGAACGACCAGAUGAAGCGCGUGACGUGGGCGGUGGGCACGCCGCUGCGCCAUCGGUGGCUCCACGAGGAGGAGCGCGCGGCCCUCGACAAGAUCGCCUGCUCCUUUGGCUUCUCCGAGGAGCACCGCUACGGCGAAGAGGAGGGCGAAGAGUUCUCGUUCCUUCGGGAAUACAUCCUGAGCAGGUCCAUGAUCCUCGACGCCGUGGAGCUCAUGCCAGGCAUGAACUAG